AUGGUCAUUGUCGGAAUCGAUGCGAAUGCAAGGAUGGUACUUGAUAAGCAAUCCAAUGUGCUGGGGAAAUGUUAUUAUACGAUGGAGGACACGUCGGAUAACGGUAACCAUCUGUCAGAUGCUGAGGAGACCAGUAGAUCGCUUUGUUCAACGUGUUCUGAGGGGCCAGAAAAGCUAGAGAAGGGCAUUUGGGGGAGAAUGGAAGUCCAGGACUGUGACGGUGUGAGAAAACUUAACGUGCUCGAUCUGGAAAGGCAGUUCAGGCAAAGUAUCGCAGGGAAUGGAAUAUCAACGAAUGGGUCCGUCCUGCGAAAGCUCUUGCUGAAGAUCGAGAAACUUGGGCAGAGCUAUGUUCAGCGACGAUCACACCUCGACGAAGUAGUGAGGAAUCGCAUCUUCGAUAAUAUCGGCCCGCUGACUUAG